ACAGCUGAAGCCAUCCACGUUGGGAGUCUUAUCGCUGCCCAUGGCUACAUCUUCCCGAUCUCUGACCACGUCCUGACACUUAAAGAUGAUGGAACCCUUUAUCGCUUUCAGUCUCCAUACUUCUGGCCUUCAAACUGUUGGGAGCCUGAGAACACAGACUAUGCCAUUUACCUGUGCAAGCGCACCAUGCAGAAUAAGGCCAGGCUUGAGCUGGCUGACUAUGAGGCUGAAAACCUUGCCCGGCUGCAGAGGCUUUCGCGGAAGUGGGAAUUUAUCUUCAUGCAAGCUGAGGCUCAAGUCAAGAUGGACAGGAAGAAGGACAAGGCAGAUAGAAAGAUCCUGGACAGCCAGGAGAGGGCAUUCUGGGACGUCCAUCACCCACAGCCAGGCUGUGUCAACACCACAGAGAUGGACAUCCGCAAGUGCCGGAGAGAGAGGAACCCACACAGGGUAAAAAAGUCGGUCUAUGGGGUUCCAGAUGACGACCAGAGCCAGCCAAGUCCCAUCCACAUCAGCUCCCAGCCGACCAGGAAGACCACCAGAGAGGACGUUCAGAAGGAGAUUAGCUUCUUGAACAUCCAACUGGACCGACACUGUAUGAAGGUUUCCAAAGUGGCUGACAGUCUGAUGAGCUACACAGAGCAGUUCAUGGAAUAUGACCCCUUUGUGUCGGCCAUUGAGCCUUAACCCUGGAUCAGUGAUGACAUUACCUUCUGGGAGUUUGAGGCAAGUCGUGACCCCAGCCAGCAGCGUGUGAAGAAAUGGGGCUUCUCUCUGGAGGAGGCGUUGAAAGAUCCAGCAGGACGAGACCAGUUCCUGAAGUUCCUCGAGUCAGAGUUCAGCUCAGAGAACCUGAAGUUCUGGUUAGCAGUGCAGGAUCUGAAACGGCGGCCGCUCCAGGAAGUGUCCACCAGGGCACAGGAGAUCUGGCAGGAGUUUCUGGCCGAGGGCGCGCCGAGCUCCAUCAACCUGGACUCUCACAGCUUCGAGCGCACCAGCCAGAACCUCAAAGACCCUGGCAGAUACAGCUACGAGGGGACGCUCAGGUGGACCUUUUUCUUUCUAUUGCAGGAGCACAUAUUCAAGCUAAUGAAAAGUGACAGCUAUACCCAGCUUUUUGCGAUCAACAUCUACCACCAAGAUCUCCUGUUAGCCAGAAAGAAGCAGCCAGCAGACACUGAACAGGGCCGCCGCACCUCCUUGGAGAAGUUCACGCGCAGUGUGGGCAAGUCAUUGACAGGAAAGCGACUAACAGGCCUGAUGCA